CAGCAUUACUCUCAAAUUUUCGCUUCACCUGAGUUAACCUAAUCCUUCACAACUCACAAGUCACGACGGGGAAAAAGAAGACAAAAGGCGUUACAAGCGGGGCGUCACGACUCGCGCAACAAAAGUUGCAAAAAGAAGGUUCUGUGCUUCCGGAAUCUCAAAACGGCGGCGUUGUUAGUUGGCGUUCUAUUUCUGAAGUGAUGGCCGAGGAAAAAGUUAUGGCGAACAGAGAUAGAGAUCGAGAGCUUCUUAUCCCCGUCGGUGAUUCCGGCGAUGAAGGCGCCUCCUCCAAGCCAUCACCGUCUUCCUCCUCCUCCUCUUCUGUGCAUCAUGCUGGUCGCGAGACCUUUUACAAAGUUGUUAGGAGCUGGGCUUCAAAAAAGUUCAUGACUGGAUGUGUCAUUCUUUUUCCAAUUGCAAUCACCUUUUACAUAACAUGGUGGUUUAUUCAUUUUGUGGAUGGGUUUUUCUCUCCAAUCUAUGCUCAACUUGGCAUUAAUAUUUUUGGUCUUGGAUUUGUAACGUCAAUAACUUUCAUCUUCAUGAUCGGGGUUUUCAUGUCAUCAUGGUUGGGUGCAUCUGUCCUGGGACUCGGGGAGUGGUUUAUCAAGCGAAUGCCCCUAGUUCGUCAUAUCUAUAAUGCCUCCAAGCAGAUUAGCGCUGCUAUCUCACCAGAUCAAAAUACGCAAGCCUUCAAGGAAGUAGCCAUUAUUCGGCAUCCACGUAUUGGUGAAUAUGCAUUUGGAUUUAUCACCUCAUCAGUCGUCCUUCAGAAUUAUGCUGGAGAUGAGGAGCUAUGCUGUGUCUAUGUUCCAACAAACCAUCUUUAUAUUGGUGACAUAUUUCUUAUCAACACCAGGGAUGUCAUUAGACCAAACUUAUCAGUCCGGGAAGGGAUCGAGAUUGUCGUUUCCGGAGGCAUGUCCAUGCCGCAAAUCCUAUCAACCCUGGAUUCUCGUGUUCCUUCGGAUUCAAGUAGACAUGAGAUAAGAUGACGAGGCUAAUGGGCAUUAUAGUUUGCUGGCAUAUGUAAUAUUUUUUUUCUGUGUAUUAAAGUGUAAAAGUUAGUUUGUUUGAAAUAUAGUUUUGAUAAUUCAGGCGCAGAGGAUUCUAGUUUUUUGUUCGAGUCUCAAAUAACUUUAGUUGUGCAUAUCAUGGGUUGCUGUUACAAUUUAUACCUAAUGCGAUGAAAUAAUUAUGAUAAAAGGUUAUUUAUUAAAAUAGUUAUGUUUUUAA